AUGCAAGAGCGACCACUGGCGGGGAAGAUAGCGUUAGUUACGGGAGCGGCCAGCCCGAUGGGGUUGGGGCGGGCGAUGACCGACGCGCUGGUGCGGGCCGGGGCGCGGGUGUCGAUGAUGGACAUCAACCCCGACUGGCUGGGGCAAUCGUCCAACGACCUGCGCGAGAUCGGAGGCGACGACUGCGUGAUGACACAGGUGGUUGACGUGACCUCCCCUCGCGAGGCCGAGGAAGCGGUAGCCCGGACCAUUGCCGAGAUGGGCGGGUUGCACAUACUGAACAACUUCUGGGAGGUGUCGGCCGCAGAGUGGGACCGGGUGAUGGCGGUGAACGCGGGCGGGCCGUUCUACAUGUGCCGGGCCGUGGUGCCGCACUUCCUGGAGCAGGGGUGGGGGCGGAUCAUCGGGGUCACCACCAGCAUGAACACCAUGUAUAACCCCGGCGGCACACCCUACGGCCCGUCCAAGGCGGCCCACGAGGCGCUGAUAGCCAUGGCGUCGCGGGAACUGGAGGGUACGGGCGUCACGGUCAACGUGCUGGUGCCGGGCGGAAUGUCCAACACCAACCUGAUCCCCGACGACGCGGUGCACAGCCGCGAGGGGAUGAUUCAGAACGACGUAAUGCGGGCUCCGGUGGUAUGGCUGGCCUCAGAGGCCUCCGACGGAACCAACGGGAUGCGAUUCAUCGGAUAUUUGUGGGACGAGUCGCUGCCGCUGGAAGAGCGCAUCGAGCGUGCCGGAGCCCCGGCGGCGUGGCCGCAGCUGGGAGCGCAGGCGAUACGGCCCGGGCAGUAG